CAGCUGCUUUAUGUCAGGCAAAAGACAUGGGCCGAAGCAGUCCACAUUUGGCCACGGUAUUGCAUGACAUCCACCAGAGACAGCGAGCCGAUGGCCCCGCGGCCAUGCUGGGCAUCGGCACGGCAAACCCGACGAACUGCGUGCUACAAGACCAGUUCGCCGACUGGUUCUUUCACGUCACCAAGAGCGACCACCUCGCCGAUCUCAAGGCCAAGAUGAAGAAGAUUUGUGAAAGAUCAGGAAUCAAGAAGCGUUAUUUCUACCACACCGAGGAGAUCAUCGGCGCCCACCCAGAGUUGAUCGACCGCGUGCUGCCAUCGCUCACAACGAGGUUAAGUAUCAUCGCCGACGCUGCACCCAAGCUUGCCGCGGAGGCAGCAUCAAGAGCGAUCGCGGACUGGGGCCGUCCCGCGGCCGACAUCACGCACCUCGUCGUCGCCACCAACUCCGGCGCCAACGAACCUGGCGCCGACGUGCGCCUAGCGGGGUUGCUUGGCCUCCGCCCGACCGUGCGCCGCACCCUGCUCUACCUGCACGGCUGCUCGGCUGGUCUCGCCGCGCUGCGCAUGGCGAAGGACAUCGCGGAGAAUAACCGCGGCGCCCGCGUGCUCGUGGCCUGCACUCAGGCCAAGAUCCUUUGGUUCUGCCCCCCGAACGACGCCCACCUCGAUCUCAUGGUCGCCAUGACCAUGCUCGCCGACGGUGCUGGCGCUGUCGUCGUCGGCGCCGACGACCCGGCAAACCACAUCGAGCGCCCCAUCUUUCACAUGGUAUCUGCCUCGCAGACAACACUGCCGGGCACUGAACAAGCAGUGGUAGAUAAUCUACGAGAGAACGGCCUCGUCGACAGUCACUUGUCCGUCGAGGUGCCCAGGCUUCUCCGAGGCAGCAUAAGCAAGUGCUUAGCUGACUCCAUGGCACCACUAGGCCUCUUGACCGCGAGCGACAAAGGCUGGAACGGGUUCUUCUGGGCGCUGCACCCAGGCGGCCGUGCGAUCUUGGAUAGCUACGAAGCCGCUCUCGGUCUGGAGCCGGGGAAGCUUGCGGCCAGCCGGCACGUGCUAAGUGAGUACGGCAACAUGAUGGGCACGGCGAUCAUCUUUGUUCUCGACGAGAUACGCCGCCGCCGCCGCCGGCACGAUGAUGGGAAGGAUUGCCAGUGGGGUGUCAUGUCGGGGCUCGGCCCUGGACUCACAAUCGAGACAAUUGUGUUGCAUGCCACCGGCAGCCAGGACGAAAACUAAUGCCUCCGGGUCUUACUAAAAGACUGUGCGACAUGAUUGAUGAUUAUAGUCUAUAGACAUAUAUAUAUGCCCAGAGGUGCAUGAAGGGUGUAUAUGUAAGUUUAUCACAUCAUUGUUAUAAUGAUAAAUAAAGUUUCAGGACAUUUUCGAUCCA